AAGUUUCUGCUCGUUUGGAAAGAUUUUACUCAUUGCGGUUUGUUCUAUCUCCAUCACAUGUAGCUCAAAAAAAGAAGAAGUUCCAGUCUAGAAUCUUUCUGAAGACAUCCAUGUGCGAGAGAGGUUUUAUCUCUCCACCCCUUUCUGUCUCUCUGCCUCUCAAUUCAUCUUUUCUCCUUCCUCUCAGUGCGAAGUGCAGCGGCCAAACCUACUCUCACAGGGUCACUUUUGAUCAUCUCUGGGCAUGAAGCAUUAUUGAAGUGCAUGACACCCUCUUCAAGUCUGGAAAUCUCAGCUGUGCCACUUCUCCCAGAGGACAAGUGACUGGAACUAGGCUUGAGCAGCUUCUGGAAAACUGAAGUGGUUGGGAUUUUGUGGACUCUAGCUUAUGCUUGUGGGAGAACAAUCCGUUUUUCGCUCUGUUCAUUUGCAGAUGAUCAUGAACGCAACAUCUAACACAAGCAACUCAUCAUGUGUGAUCAUGAACUCAUUAUCAGGUCACCUGCUGAUGUCUAUCUACAUUGUUGCCUUUAUCCUGGGGUUGCUGUUUAACCUGAUCACCAUCGGUCCCAUAAUUCAGCAGAUCUACAGAAAAAACAUCCUUGGGAUUUACCUAUUCAGCCUGUCCAUCUCCGAUCUACUGUACAUCCUCACUAUGCCUCUGUGGAUUUAUUAUUUCAACAACAACCACAGAUGGACAUUUGGCCAGGAGCUCUGUAGCCUGGCAGGUUUCUUUUACUACUCCAACCUUUACAUUAGCAUCUUUCUGCUUUGUUGGAUCUCCAUCGAUCGCUGCCUGGCCAUCACCUUCCCACUGCGAGUCCAAGCCUUCCGCCGGCAGCGUUAUGCCUGGAUCAUUUGUGGACUGGUCUACAUUUUUGUCAUGACAUUGCACUCUUUGGUUCUGUAUUUGGACAAGCUGUCUGAUCCACUAGAUGAUAGUGAACAGAGGUGCUAUGAGACCUUUCCAAUGACGGAACGCAUUGCAAUGUUUAACCUGAUACGAGUCGGAAUUGGAUUUUUCUUGCCGCUGGUUGUCAUAACGGUCUGCUACUGCUUGAUCCCUACCAAAGUACAGCAAAGCAGAGGGGUGGACGAUCAAGGCAAGCGCAAAGUGAAGCUUCUGUCAAUGGGAGUCAUUGGCAUUUUCUCCUUCUGCUUUGCGCCAUACCACAUCCUCCUGAUGGUACGAUCCAUUGCCUUCUUUACUGUGGGAGAUAAACAAAGCUGCUUAAUUGAACAAGAGAUGUAUAUACCCUUCACUUGCUCCCUUGCGCUAUCUAGCCUGAACAGUGUGGUGGACCCAGUGCUCUAUGUUUUGGCCAGUAACGGAGUGAGGGAGGACAUGAAGAUUUUCUGUUGGAAAAACAAGACGAGGAACGCCACAAGAAGCCAACUAGUUGAUUCCAAAUGGAUGACAAGAAUGACCAACUGCUGUUAGGACUUAGAAAUCUUAGGACUUGAAAAGAAGAUUGGAGCCUGGUAAUGCUCCUUAUUUGUAAAUACUGUGCAUACCCAUUCAGGAGUGGGUUUAUGUAGACAUGGAAAUAAUCUUGUAGAAGGAAUCUGAGUGUCAAGCAGCCAAACCAACAAUCUGACGUACAUUAUUUCAACUCCAUCUCUUUGAUCUAAAUAACUGAAUUUACUUUUUAAAAGUCACCUACUCUAUGUCUCUGGAUCAUAGUGAUUUUGUAAUUAUUUGAUGAACUCUUGACACCAUGACUGCAAAAGACUGCAUAGUGCAGGUGGCAAUAGGGAAAAAGUACUUUUUUGUAAACAUUUAUAAAUAAGCCUAACUUAUGUCAAUGCUAAUGACUUAUUCUGACAAUACUGACAUUGUAACAUUACAUAUUAAUGCCUGGUUAAACUGUAUUGUUUCUGUUUGUGAAUAAGCUGUUUUUAAAUCGAAAUGCUGCACAAAAGUGAGUGGUUUAGUCAAUGUACAAAUGUGUUCUUAUGCCAGAAAAUGGUUGAAUCCCACCCUAAAAGACAAUGGUUGAAACCUGACCAUAAAGAUUUUUUUAUUUGAUUUGAUUGUUUUGCUCUUGUUCCUUUAGUCUAAAUGAAUGUAAUGGCAUUUUUUUUGUUUGAUACUAUCCCUUGAGUUAAACCCUGAGAGCCUUUCUUUCUGCAUUAUCCCAUUGUAACCAACAGAUAUGCUCAGUGUACUACAUUUCUAGUGCAUCUGACCAGUAAAUUCAAAUUGUAAAAUCUAUUGAGUAUAAUGUUGAAUUUAGCAACCGCAGUCAGUGUAGUUGAAUAAAAACAACAAACAAUUUCCCCCCAGCAUUUUCUAGAAGCCAACACAAAGACACCAAAACUAGCACUGGAUACCUGAGCAUUCAGAAUUGUUAUCUGACCCAGCUGGGGCUUGAACCAGCAAACUUCUUACUGUGAGGCGUCAACGCUACCCACUGCGCCACCAUGUCGCCCCUUAGAUUAUAUUAGCAUGUUUUUUGUUCUUCUUCUUCUUGGUCUUUAAAUCCAUGUUCAAGACUAUAUUUUAUAUUCAUUAUUGUAAUUAUUAUUAUUAUUACUGAAAACUGAAAAACUUAUUUCCUUGGUCUUGGUCUUGUCAUGAACUCACAUAGACUGUCUUGCCUUUGACUCGACCCUGUUUUCAACCCUCAGUCCUUAGCUGAACUGAAUUAAGCUGCACUUUUAUUUACUCCGUAGAAAUGCAAAAAAGAGAGGAAUUAUUACUUCAUGGAUUGCCCAAGAGGGGGUAUAUAUCUGUGUCCAGCUUAGGAACAUCAAGAGGAUGUUUACAAAUUGCGGAUUUGCAGUUUAAAAGGACCUGUAUCUCUGUCUUUGAAGGACCCUUAAAUCACUUGAACUUUCAAUGUGAGAGACCGACUCAACCCAAGUGUUGUUAUUGUAGGAUAAAGUCCCAGCUGUCUGUUCUGUUUAAUUCAAAGAUGACUGUAAAUAACCAGAUUUAGCCAUUAAAUAUUUAAUCUAGAUGUUAAUAACAACAAAAAAGCAAUGUAAGCACUUUUCAAUGCGCAGCAUGUCGCUAUUGCCUUUACAUGUUAUGCUUGACAAACCCCACAUUUUCUAAUCUGUAAUUUACCAUUACUGCAAAGAAAGAAUAGAUUACGAAAUAAAAGAAAGACACUGA